GGCGGACAUACAUCGAUGAAUUUUAGCGUCUCUUGACAACCAGAAGAUCGAACUUGUUUACUGCAGUUUUUAGCGUCCCUUUACGUCCAUUUCUAGGUAGAUAGUGUUCCUGUCAACAUGGCACAACUCAAGGUACAGGCAUAUCUGGAGAAACACAAGAUAAGCGCCCUAUUCGAGGAGAUGAUGAGUAAACUGAUCCAGGAGCAGCCUGAUGAACCCCUGCCGUAUCUCAGCAGGAUGAUAGACAGGAAGUGGGAGAAGAUCAGGCCCAAGAGAGAAAACUCCCCAGCCAGAAUGAGGACUGCCCCUAGUCCUUCAGCUCUGCGCAAGUCCAUGCCGGCAGGGAAUGCCACAUGGGCAGGAAAUAGCGAGGGUGCGGUGGCUAAAGAACGGGAAUACGACCGACCCUGGCUCACUAACGCCAAACGGUCCAGGUCAAAGGGCAGGUCAGGGGUCGAGGGUCAGGAUAAUAUCAGGCCAGAGAAGAAAGACAAGCCCACAUGGAACCCAAACACACAGAAGGUCCCAACAGGUGACUUUGACGAGCUUUUCAAGUUGACUAAAGGGACCAAAGGGAUGAAGGGCAGCAAGUCUGUGGAUUUUGCCAUGCUGCAGGACCAACUUGGGAAGGACCUGGACGAAUCCCUCAGGCACAGCCAGCCCAUCUACUAUGGACAGCCCCGAGACCAGGCACUGAGGGAGGAGGACAGCCUGAGUUCUGAGCUGAAGGCCCCCAUGUCGUCCAGGACUGGGGAAGAGGAAAGCAGCACUGUUGACCUAGAGCUGCGUACAGUGAAGCCCCACCAACACUCCCUCCAGCACAAGCGUCAGCUGGAAGCCAUUGUGAAGCAGAAGGAGACGGCGUCAGACAGCGGGCUGGAGGAACCCGAGGAGGACGAUGAGGAAUACGAGGAGGGGCUGGAACUGUUAGAGAAUGCAGAUGACCUAGCAAAGGAAGGUGUCACCAAUGUAGUUCAAUCAGGACAUAAAAUCAGCUCGCCAAUGGUCAGACACCUGACUCUGACUCAGAAGUCAGUGGGAGAGGCACUCCUAAAGUUGAGGGCCCCCGUGUGGUAUGCAGAAGAGUCAGAGACUGAAGUGUCCAGAAAAGGAGCCCACAUGCUGACUAAGGAUCCCCGGCCUGUGAAGGGCAGACCUAUGUUCAGUAGCCCUGAACCCCCCCAGAAGCCCCUUGCCCUGCCGGCACCCCCCAGUAGGGAGGAGAAGCCGCCCCGCCACACCAGUGCCUUGAGCGCCGCCCUGAGGGACGAUCUUUCCGACUUUGGCGACAAGAAAAAUAAACCAACACGAGCCUUCGCCUUACCCAAAGAUGACUCAGAGGAAGAAGUGGUAGAGCCUGCCCCUCCCCCCAGCCUGAGUGGUCGGCCCUGGUCCCCGCCCCCCGAGUCAGACUGUGCCAGUGAUGAAAAUGGCACAGUGAAGUCAGCCACGGCCCUGUCACUAGCCGGCCGCUCAUGGCGUGCCCCGCCAGAAACAGACGCCGAGAGCGUGGACUACGAGAGGGACAGAGUUGGCAGAGUCACAGGGUUUCGGGAGCACAAGAGAAGACCAUGACAAGAGCAUCGCUAGUUACCAAACACUUGGGACCAACAACGGAAUGUCA